AUGCCAUUUACAUCUAUACCAAUUGUAAAUGUAAGAAAAUUGUAUGAAAAUAAUAUUCCAAAAGAUUCAUUUAUUGCAAUGGAUGAUUUUAAAUCUCCAAGAAAAUUAGUCAGAUAUUUGAAAUUUUUAAUUAAAAAUAAAUCCAAAUAUUUAAAAUUUUUUGAUCAUAGAAAAUUAGGUUGGCAAACAGAAUAA